AAUCAAAGUACAGAAACUUCAAACACAAUUCUAAUAUCAUUUAGGGGUAACAAUGAACUCAUUUCGUGUCAUUGUAACAGCUUUGUGCUGUGUAGUGGUUGUGUUUGGAGGACUACCCUUCUCUUCAAAUGCACAACUUGAUCCAUACUUUUAUGGCAAAACUUGUCCCAAAUUGCAUUCUAUAGCAUUUAAAGUCUUGCGGAAAGUUGCUAAGACGGAUCCCCGAAUGCCUGCCAGUAUCAUCAGGCUUCAUUUUCAUGAUUGUUUCGUUCAAGGUUGUGAUGCAUCAGUUUUGUUGAAUAACACCGCAACUAUUGUGAGUGAACAAGAUGCUUUUCCAAAUAUCAACUCCUUAAGAGGAUUGGAUGUUAUCAAUCAAAUCAAGACUAAAGUGGAAAAAGCUUGCCCUAAUAGAGUUUCUUGUGCUGAUAUUCUUACACUUGCGUCUGGAAUAUCUUCUGUUCUGACUGGGGGUCCAGGUUGGGAGGUUCCACUAGGAAGAAGGGAUAGUCUAACAGCAAAUCAAUCCCUUGCCAAUCAAAAUCUUCCAGGUCCCAACUUCAGUCUAGAUCGACUUAAAUCUGCCUUUGCUGCUCAAGGACUUAACACGGUUGACCUAGUAGCACUCUCAGGUGCUCAUACAUUUGGGAGAGCACGUUGCCUUUUCAUCCUUGAUCGAUUAUACAACUUCAACAAUACUGGCAAACCCGAUCCAACUCUUGAUACAACAUACUUACAACAGUUGCGAAACCAAUGCCCUCAGAAUGGAACUGGAAAUAACCGUGUUAAUUUCGACCCAACGACUCCUGAUACAUUGGACAAGAACUUCUACAACAAUCUUCAAGGUAAAAAGGGUUUGCUUCAAAGUGACCAAGAAUUAUUCUCAACACCGGGUGCAGAUACCAUUAGCAUUGUCAACAGCUUUGCAAAUAGCCAAAAUGUUUUCUUUCAGAACUUUAUAAAUUCAAUGAUUAAAAUGGGUAAUAUUGAUGUGCUUACCGGAAAGAAAGGAGAAAUUAGAAAACAAUGCAAUUUUAUUAACAAGAAAUCUUCUGAAUUGGAUCUUGGCAUUGUGGCCUCUGCAGAAUCAAUGGAAGGGGAUAUGGUUAGUUCAAUCUAAAUGAAUGUGGGUUACUUUAGAUGAAAUGUGGUGAUUGGAAUUCACUAAUAAAGAGAAGUGCUGGCUAAGCACAUUUGUGUCAUGAGGUAUACUGUAUUUUACGUGUUUUAUGUGUGUAAGAUAACCUUCUUUCAAUGUAAUUUUCAUUAUAAAAUCCUUUCUUUCUGUCACAA